AUGUCGAUCAUUGGCCAUGGCAGCAAGCGGCCAGAGGACAGCAAAAGGUUCAAGGAUGAAGAAUCUGUUGUGGGAGACCUCAUGCACGCAUUUCAAGAUGUGCCGCAUUCGAACCCCCUGCUCAACAAACAAGCCCUCGCUGCUCUCGAGAAGUCGCGUGCUGACAAGAUCAAUCGUCAAAGUAUGGGCAGGAGGAAUCAUGUUCAACAGUUGGAAGGACAAGCUUCUGCCGGGCAACCUGCAGGAGCUUGGGGUCUCGACACUCCGUGGAACGGACACAACGACAAAUGCAGUGAAGACACGCCUAACUGCAACAAACUUGCAUCACAAUCUGCAAAUUCACCUGGCAAAGGAGUGAAUGUUUAUGACUGGCCGUGGAAACAGGGAGUGGGAGCGAAAGCGAAGCAGGCAGCGGUUCUCUUGGCUCAAGAUGCCUCCAUGCUACAGCAGCUGUCAAGAUCUGGUGUGUCUGGUGCAAACAUCGAAGAGAAAUUGUCGCAAUCACUUCAGGCUGGUUCCUUUGACCUCGAGAAGUUGGCAACCCUGCAGAGACUGGCUGAUGCGGGAAAUUCGACCAACAGCACAGAGAGCCAACCAAGACUUUCGAUCUUUAAUAAGUGGUAUUGGACUCCUGACAACACAGAAUACCUCGAGAAGCAGCACGGCAUUGCUGUUGAUCAAUGGCCGUGGGAGGCGUGCAAAGGCAUCGAUUGCAAGCCUGGAGCCAUUUUCGCUAAGGGAACAAGAGAAUGGGAGCGAGGAGUUGCACAGAAGCUUCGGGCCGACUCACAGGACAUGAGCAAGUUAGCGGACGCUGAUGCUCAGCUUGGCAUCUUUCAUACACAGUCGCUGAACCAGACAGAAUCAAAUCCAGUCACCUGUGCCUCUGACGUCCCUGGUUGCAAGAAGUUGGGUGAGCUGGGCGUGCAAGUGAAUCAUUGGCCAUGGCAAGAGGCGCGAGCAAAGCGACAGUGGGAGCAGCGACUGGCUGGAAACCUGGUGGCCGAAGCGACUGCGUUGAAUCGUCAGUAUGAGGCGAUGAAGAUUGCGCGUGCGAGAUACGCUGCGAUGAUGCAAGAACGAGCUAUGGCCCGCCAGGGUUACCCGGCUGGUCGAGUUCGCUGGGAGGCACCUAGCUUCCCUCCCUUCUUCCGGGCCCACUGA